AUGACUGACGUGGAUAAAUGGAUAGAAAUCGCAAAGAGAUGUAAAUAUUUGCCAGAAGAUGACUUACGGGAACUUUGUAAUAUUGUGUGCGAUUUGUUGUUGGAGGAACCCAAUGUUCAACCGGUGCAGACACCAGUGACUGUGUGUGGUGAUAUUCAUGGUCAGUUUUAUGAUUUAGAAGAAUUAUUUCGUAUAGGUGGUCAGAUGCCACACACUAAGUACAUAUUUAUGGGAGAUUAUGUUGACCGAGGCUAUUACAGUCUUGAAACGUUAACAUUACUCAUGGCACUAAAAGCAAGGUAUCCUGACAGAAUUAUUUUACUUCGGGGUAACCAUGAAACCUGUCAAAUAACUAAAGUAUACGGCUUUUAUGAUGAAUGUCUAAACAAAUAUGGUAAUGCAAAUGCUUGGAAUGAUUGCUGUCGAGUAUUUGAUUUACUAACUGUUGCUGCUAUUAUAGAUGAAACUGUACUAUGUGUGCAUGGAGGCCUAUCUCCAGAAAUAUCUAUGUUAGAUCAAAUUCGUUGUAUUGACAGAAAUCAACAAAUACCACAUAAAGGUGCUUUCUGUGACCUCCUUUGGUCAGAUCCCGCUGAUAUUAAGAUGUGGUCUGUCAGUCCACGAGGCGCAGGAUGGCUGUUCGGCAGCUACGUCACUGAACUUUUUAUGAAUUAUAAUGAUUUGAAUUUAAUAUGUCGAGCACAUCAGUUAGUGAAUGAUGGUUACAAAUAUAUGUUUGAUAAACGUCUAGUCACAGUAUGGUCUGCUCCAAACUACUGUUACCGGUGCGGUAACGUGGCAUCUAUACUAGAAUUCAACACAGUAAACGAUAGAACUGCAAAAUUAUUCCAAGCAGUCCCGGACAGCGAAAGAGAAGUGCCACCACAACACACGACGCCUUACUUCCUCUGA